AUGGUGCAGAGCAUCUCGGACAAAGAGACCUUUUUCCAAGGACUCGAGAGGCUAGAUGCUUUGUUGGAUGACUCGGGUGACGACGCCGAGGGGCUUUCUCAGAUUAUAGCACUGGCGGAAGACUAUGUUGAACCUGUUCACCAAGACGAACCUGCUCUUUCCGAUUCACCUGUGCAGAAAUUAGGUGCAUUGGGAGCAACUUCCGCUUUACAGUCACCUUCACUUGAUGUCACGGUCCAAAGAAAUCGACGGCAAGAAAAAACGAUCAUCUACUACCAAAAUAGUUCCGGAACAGCAUCAAAUCUUCAAGGGCCUCGUAUUCUGUCAGUGAUCAGUUUCGCUUCGUUUGAGCCUCACCAUAUAGUCUUCAUUAUGCUGACUGGUCUUUCAGUCUUCUUCCCGAAUAGCGAUGUUUCGCCUUUGCGGCGGCUGCGCAUCCAGCGAGCGCAGGAGUAUGGUGCUCUCUGGGCUCGCACUUGGGGUGAUAAUGUCACACAUGUAAUAGUUGACAAAGGUCUAGCUUUCCAGGAGGUCCUGAAGCAUCUUUGUUUGGAGACGUUUCCGAAGCCGAACAUUGCCCUCCUAGAUGAGAGUUAUCCUUCGGAAUGCAUCAAGUUCCGAACAGUCUUAAGUACAUCUCAUGUGCGAUUCCGAAUAAAUGGGAUGCCGGUUGUCUCAAAAGCAAAGGAGGUGUCCCAGCAAAACGAACCCUCGGAUGAGUCUUUACCAUUGAAGCCAGCCGGCAGACAAAAGCGACAGCUUGAAACUCAGUCUCAGUCAUCUGAAAGCGAAGACGACUCGGAAUACCCCCCCGAUACACAAAGGGUCAAUGAUUUCUCAGACGAGGCACAUAAGGAGGUGGUCUCUGAGCCACUUCGUGAGCGAGAUGCCCUGGAUGACAUGAUUGAUGAAGCCAAAGCUGUAAAUGACUUGCCUUUGGACCCACUGGAUUCCUUUGAUGAUGAACAUGUAACUGAAGAGGCCGACCUGGGAACUUCCGAAGAAUCGGACUGCCAGCCAAACACGCGAAAGAGAAAAAGAAGCUCGGGACGGGAUAACGAAGGAAAUAAUGAUUGGCAGCAAAAAUUUGCUUGCGUGCAAAAGCAUGAUCCGAAGUCGAAUUCUGAGAAUCCCAACAGGCGGACUAUUGAUGUCCUUCAGCAAAUGCUGGACUACUAUGCAAGGACUGAUGACCACUGGCGCACGCUUGCCUAUCGCAAAGUCAUCUCCGCUCUUCGAAGGCAGCCAAAGAAGAUCCUCACGAAAUCGCAGGCACUCGCUAUCCCAGGAGUAGGACCGCGCUUGGCGGAUAAAAUCGAGGAAAUUGUGUGCACAAACCGGCUCCGCCGCUUGGAAAAUACCAAUCUUACACGCGAGGAUAUCAUACUUCAGGAGUUCUUGGGCGUUUACGGAGCUGGGAUUUCACAGGCCUCGAGGUGGCUUGCUCAAGGCUACAGAUCACUAGAGGACCUAAGGACUAAAGCGUCUCUGACUCCUCAGCAGGAGAUCGGUGUCGAUCAUUACCAUGAUUUCUCCCAACGGAUCCCGCGAAAGGAAGUAGAGACACAUGGAGAGAUCGUCAAAAGGGUCGUGCAAAAGGCUGACCCUGGAAUGCAGGUCAUCAUCGCUGGGUCUUACCGACGUGGCGCUGCUGACUGCGGAGACAUCGAUCUGCUAAUCACCAAACCGGAUGCUACGAUUGAGCAGAUUCGUGCCCUAAUGAUCGAUGCGGUGGUCCCGAAACUCUUCAAACGGGGCUUCUUGCAGGCCAGUUUGGCGAUUACGUCGCGAGGGGAUGGGUCUAAAUGGCAUGGCGCAUCUCUAGCUCCAGGCGGCCAGAUCUGGCGACGGAUCGAUCUUCUUUUCGUGCCAGGCUCGGAGAUUGGCGCUGCACUGAUUUACUUUACUGGGAAUGACAUUUUCAAUCGAAGCAUGAGGCUAUUGGCUAGCAAGAAAGGCAUGCGUUUGAAUCAGCGCGGACUAUAUACGGAUGUACUGCGAGGGCCACAGCGGGUGAAGUUGAAUACCGGUCGGCUGCUCGAGGGUCGCGACGAGCGACGUAUUUUCGAAAUUCUGGGAGUUCCAUGGCGUCCUCCCGAACAUCGUAUAUGCUGA